AUGAGGCUGCUGUCCGUGCUGCUCCUGUCGCUUGCGACCCUGUCAGCCGGCGCGGGCACCGCUGACCAGUGCCUCGAGCACGACUACGCCAUGAAAAACUAUAAAGACUGCUGUGCCAAGGGUGGCUACAAGGUGGAGGGCCGAGGGACGGUGUGCAAAGAGGUCGGGCCAAAGGUCAAGGCGAAGCGAGAGCUGCGCUGA